CUACUCUGCGCAUGCGCAGACAGCUGGUUGUGUCCAAUCCGCUCAUGGCUUUCGACCAACACCGGGUUCAAACCCCGCCUCCUGCCCGGCGGGCUGUGGUUGGUGGCUGUGGCCCCAACUGAGGAGCCUACGCCGGGCGGGCACGUGCGCCCAGCGGAACCGAGGGGUCGAACGCCGGGAUGGAGAAGUGCCGUUAGCUCGGGGUGAGCCAGGCCACGCCCACAGAAGGUGUCUCCCUGCUGCCCUGGGAGGUUUCUCCCGCCGGGGCGUCCCGAGCUCGCUAUUGCAGGCGCGCGCAUCAGCACGGCCUCGCCCGCAAAGAGGAAUGGAAUUUUCUUGGCCCAAAGGAGAAUGAAAAGUAGUUUUAUGAGACCAAAAGAAGUACUAAGGAUUUUGGAGAGAUCUCAUUGUAACAAUAAAGAGUUGCUGGCAACUGAAGAUUCGUUUCAUCUUUCUUAAAUCUUGGUUGUUGUUGGAAAUUGAAUUGUGCCCUUAAUUCAGAAUGGAAUCUGGCACUUCCCCCAAGAACAACGUAAUAAAUUGGGGAAUUCAGUUCUAGGACAGCAAGUUCAUAAUGUUCUAUUCUAGCCUCAAUUUAGUGCAAUUAAUGUUCUAAUUGUUUUUUGAAGCAUAACAUACAUGCAUUCAACUACUUCAAAGAAUGGAAGAAGAAAAAACUGUUUAUACUGUGCCUGUCACAUCUGAAUGUCUGGAUGUGGAGACCCUUAGCAAUGUCAGUGGCGAGAGAGGUGAAGGUGAUGCACAGAUGUUUUGGAGGCAAAUGGAAGAUGAAAGAGUGGACUUCAUAUUUGAGCGAGUGCAAAACGUAUUGCUGUCUCUGAAACAAAAGAUCAAGGAUGGAACUGCAACAAAUGAAGGAGGAGGCAGCAGGGACUGUAGAGGAUGCCUGGAAGCCCCAGAGGACAAGGAGUAUGUGAUUCUCCACCACUACCUAGAGGAGCUGGUUAAGGAAAGCCUCUCCCUUGAUGAAACUGAGGAGGACCCCAAGCUGUGGCAGGAACCAGAACUGAAGGUUGAAUGCUUCCAAGCUUUGAUACUGGUGGAUAGAGCUGAUGGAAGCAAUCUCUUAGCAUUGACAAAUGUAAACGAUGUGACUACUGAAGAUGGGAUGCAGAAAAGCAAACCUAGGUUACAGCCUUCUAUAUCAAAUGAAAAUACAACAGGCUCUCCUUUAAUGGAGGCAAAAGAAAAAUCACACUUGGGGAAUGAAGACCUAUGUAGUGAAACAAGGGAGUUACCUUUAAAGCUAUGUUACCAGAAUCAUGACUGCUCUAAUGUAUGUCUUGCCAACAGACCACUGAACUCAUACAAGGGGGAAAACCCUCUUAAAAUACCAAUCCUGUGUCAUUUCCAGAGACGACAUGCAAAAGCAGACUCGCUUUCAAAGUCACUUGAUGUGAAUUAUAAGGCCCCCUGUGGGAGGAGUCUGAGAAACUUUCAAGAUGUGCAGAGUUACCUGUUUGAAACAGAGUGCAGCUUCUUAUUUGUCGAUCACUUUUCUUUCAACACAUACGUACAGCUGGGCAGAAACACUCUGACCCGAGAAGCACUUGUAUUUGAUUUUGAUAUCAGCAAUGGAGCUGAGUCUGUGCCCAUUUCCUUCUGUAAUGAAGUUGACAGUGCAAGAUUACCUUAUUUUAAAUAUAGGAAGGCCUCGUGGCCACGUGGGUACUAUCUGAACAACUUCUCCAGCAUGUUUCUUGACUCAUGUGACUGUACAGAUGGCUGCACGGAUAGGUCAAAAUGUGCAUGCCUACAGCUGACUGCAAAAGGCUGCAGUGAAAAUUCUGCCUCACCAAGUAACAGAGCAUCUUGUGGUUACAGGUAUAAAAGACUGGAUGGACCUGUCUCCAGUGGAAUUUACGAAUGCAACUUAUCGUGCAAGUGUGACAGAAUGAGGUGUCAGAACAGAGUAGCACAGCAUGGCAUCCAAGUUCGGUUGCAGGUGUUCAACACAGACCGGAAAGGCUGGGGUGUCCGCUGUCUAGACGAUAUUGACAAAGGAACCUUUGUUUGCACUUAUUCAGGCAGGUUAAUGAGCAGAGCCGAGCCUCAGGAAACGAGAGAUGUCAAUUGUGAGGCUGAAAAGAAAGAUGCUGUGAAUGACACAAGUCCCAGCUCACUUUCAGUAAAGAGAAAACUGGACACUGCUUGUUCAGAUUCUGAGAUCGAACUUGUCCAGACGGGUAAAGACAGCAUUAGCAGGAGCAGUGAAACUUCAUCUGAGCCUGCGGAGGAUGAAUAUAAACCAGUUGUGGUUCAGAACUAUGGAUAUAAUCCAAGGAAUCUGAGAAGCCCAGCCAUUAGGCCUAAAACCAGAACUGCUAUUCUUCAGACUCGCCGGCUAAAACUGGGAGUUGCUACACUGGUGCAUGAUGCCAGCUCAGAUGAAGAUGAUAGUUCUCAGUCCCAGCAGUCAACCAAAACGAAACUAACCACUGGAACCAAGAAAGGCAAGGAAAAACCCAACCUGCAGCAAAAGCUAGGAGAACAUGAGGAGGCCAUGCAGUCUGAGCCAAGCACCACAGAUACUGCAAAAUCUAAAGAAAAAAGGCCAUCCCCAGAAGAUGCUAGAGGUGGUAAAUCAGCCAGGCUAGAUGAUGCACAUGUUAUGAAACAGUCUAUGGGCCUACUCCAAAGAGAUGACUUCAAAGAAGAAAAAAAUAGUAGGUCCAAACAAGAUCCUCUUUGUAAUGAGGAGGCAGAAGGUGAUGAGACACCUCUGAAGAAUUCUAAUAAAGACAAUAUUUAUUUAUUGGAUGCCACAAAAGAAGGAAAUGUGGGCCGAUUUCUUAAUCAUAGCUGCUGCCCAAAUCUCUUUGUACAGAGUGUCUUUGUAGAGACGCACAACAGAAAUUUCCCUUGGGUGGCAUUCUUCACAAACAGGCAUGUGAAAGCUGGAACCGAACUCACGUGGGAUUAUGGUUAUGAAGCUGGAAGCAUGCCAGAGACAGAGAUCUCCUGUCAGUGUGGGGUUCAGAAGUGUAGGAAAAAAAUAUUAUGUGCUGGAUUGAUGGUGGAAGAAACAGCAGGAGGGGCCACACUAGUAAUUGCAUGUGCAUCUCUACAGGCUGUCCUUACGAUGGAGGAUGUUAUCUUGAGUCUCUCUCCAGGUGACUUCCAGAUAAUGGAGAAGAUGGUGAAAAGGAAGUGUGCAUUUUGUCCAGCAGAUGAAGAGUGUGCUAUAAUGUACAUUGCAGAAAAGCAAAAUCUUGCAGUUCAUCAGGAUUGUUUGUUAUAUUCCUCGGGAUUUGUAGAAUCCGAAGAGCAUAACCCAGAGAAUCAGGAUACAAGGUUUGAUGUGGCCUCAGUUCAGAGUGAAAUCAGGAGAGGAAAGCGGCUGAUGUGCAACUUCUGUCGCAAGAAAGGAGCCACUGUGGGAUGUGAGAUAAAAACCUGCCGGAGGAGUUAUCACUACUUUUGUGCACUGUGUGAUGAUGCAGCGUUAGAAACUGAUGGAGGGCAAGGAAUUUACCGAGUGUUCUGUCCAAAACAUGACCCAGGCAAAAGGAGCAAUCAUUAUGAUGCAGACAAUAAGAGGAACAGGCAUGGAAUGAAAUCUUCCACCUUCAUGGAAAAAAGGAGCACAGAAGAGACAGCAGCAGAAAAUAGUUUACGACUUUUAAGGAAAAAACAUAACAAACACAAAGCAAGAAUAGACUUUCUUAGGAAGUGCAAGCAGGCUGGACUUCUGGAUGGCAUAUUUAAAGAAAUGCUAGACACACUUCACCUUGCAAAGGAAAAACUGAUGGAUGACAACACUUCAGAAACAGAAUACGAGGAAACAGUAAUAUCACUUUUUGACUGUAGCCUGUUUGAAAAUAUACUUACAAAUGUUCAUUCAGGAACAGAGGAAAAACUUCAGGAGCUUCUGGAAACCCGGAAAAGACUGGAUACUCAGAUUGAGUUACUGCAAGAUUUAAAAGAAGUAAUUCCUUUCCAGGAAAAUAUAGCUAGUGCAUCUAGUUCAGUGUCUGAAUAACCAAUACUUCUCUUGAUAUCAACUUCCAUAUUAAAGAUUUUCUACUGACAGAAACAGCAUCUGGUCAGUGUAUAAAAGUGACUUUCAGAGAUGGGGUGCACAGAAAAACAAUUGGGUGUUUUACUCAUUUUAUACCUCACUUUUGCAAUAAAUUUAUUUGUCCUUUUCCUUUUUAAUUUUUACUGUGGCUCAAGGAGUGAUAAACACUUAAAUUUAAAUACCUUCCGUACAAGCUUUUUUUAAAUACUCCACAAGCCACUUUUUAAAAUCACUUCCGUUGCGGCAGCCCCCUAUCAUGUGAUGUGUCUGUGAUUCAAUGUCUGCUCAUCAUAGCAGACAAAAUCAUUAUUAAAAAUUGUUAAGGCUUUCCAAAGAGGAAUUUAACAAGACUUGCACUUGAAGAAGCAGAAGGUUUUUUAAUGAAAUUUUCUCAAUUUACGGUGUGUUAAUGUUUAAGUAGUUCUGUUUUAACUGCAAUGGUGAGAGGUGGUGUCCAUUAGUUGCUUGCAAACACCUGAGGCUGGCUGGUGAUCAUCCUCUGAAAAAUCAUUCUACUAUGUAAAAUAGUUAGGGAGUCAAAUAUUGCAGUAAGAACAUUUAUGGCUUCCAUGUGUUAUUUUGUCUUAUUAUAUUAAAAUUGUUUGAAUACAGAAAAGCAGUACAUUUAGUUACAAAAUUGCAAGUUAAUGAAAAACUUGACAAUAAAAUGUUUUUGUAAAGAAA